AAACAGAAGUCGUUGGCAAAGAACAACGACUUUUUAAAAAAAACACAUAAAAGAUAUCCCGUCGGGACGAUUUUAUAUACUGCAGGGAAGGAAAAAAAUACUCCGUCGACUGCUUCCUCCGACGUUCAAAUUUGUGUUUCUCUUUCCCGUUGAAAUCUAUGGAUUCGGAAGAUCCCAAAGUUUUGAUUUACUUUAAAGCAACUGGAGACGCACCGAUACUCAAGGACUCCAAAAUCAAGGCUUCUGGUUCCAACAGAUUUGUGAAAGUGAUUGAUCACUUGUGCAGACAGCUUCGCAGGGAGACACUGUUUGUUUACAUUAACAGUGCCUUCUCACCUAAUCCUGAUGAGUUGGUUAUUGACCUUUACAAGAAUUUUGGUGUUGGUGGUAAAUUGGUGGUGAAUUAUGCUUCUUCCAUGGCGUGGGGUUAACCUCUAGUUAUACUUACUGGAUGUGUAUUGUACAGUCAACUGAAUCUGUAAGGUACUCAGGUUUGUAGGAGCUGCUUACUUUUUAGCAAUAUUUAGUUUGAAGCAGGACUGGAUAUACGUAGUUGUGACUGUUUCAACCUACAAAGUUUGUUAUAAGCAACCUAGCUUCUUCAAGCUAUAAAAUAUAGGAAUGGCUAGUGUUGACUUUUUGUCCGAGGGAUUGCCAUAAUCUGUACAGAAUUUAAGCUCGUUUAGUUAAUGUUGUGGGCAUUAAGAUUUUGACCCAUUCAAGCGCAAUUGCUUUGUAGUGGAAUGAAGAUUUUCUCAGUGAUGUGGCUGUCAGUAACUUUCUUACUUAUGUGAUUAUGUUCUCAAUGAAUGGAUUUAGAUUUUGAGAUUUCCGACUGUCGAGAUUUAGAUGAUUUUUCUGAAAUUCAUUGUGGAACACUUGUUGAUUACUAUAGAUAAUGCUGCUACAUAAUGAAAACUUC